CAGGGGGAACAGGGAGAGCAGGGGAAGCAGGGGGAGCAGGGGGAGCAGGGAGAGCAGGAGGAGGAGGGAAAGCAGGAGAAGCAGGGAGCUCAGAGGAGGGAUGAUAGGGCGAGCAAGCAGCAGUCAAGCCUGAGCGAGUUCCCUGAGUUGUUGAUGGAAGAUGAUAUCUGGAAGGCGGUGGACCUCAGUGGAGUCUUUGACGAAGACUCGGUGGAACUUCGUCCCCGCCUAACUAGUGUGUCCAGCCCCAGCCUGAGCUCUACGCCCCCGCCCAGCCCGUUGUCCAGUCCCUCAUGGAGCGAAGAAGAGCUGCCAGCGCCACGCAGCGACGGUUCUCCUGCUUCCAGCAUCUCGGCCCACAAAAGCUAUCCCAAAAUAUUUCAAACAUUUAAGAAAGACUUGUCUGAAGUGACUGUAGAUAGACUUAUGUACCCAAGUUUCUAUGAACGAGUUCAGAUAUCGAUACAAACAGAAGACCAAAGUUGGCUUCAACGAAUUUCUGCUAGAAAGCGAAUAAAAAGAAUACCAUCCAUUGAGAUAACAGAAGCGCCCCAAGAAAAUCUGGCUUCUAAGUUAAGAGAAAACUGGGUAAUUAAUCCUGAGGAGCCCAAGCUAAGCAUUUUAUGUGAGAUGGAGUUUAACGAAGACUUUGUAAAUUUUUUUGAAACUUCUCUAAGGACAUUACCCAGCAUUGGGCCACCAACCAUUCUGUCAUACAGAAAAGAGUACUCCUGUAUGGAUGUUAUCUUGAAGGAUGAACAAGAGCUGGGAGCCACAUGUGAAUUCUGUGGAAGUGAUCUACAGUCACUGUUUUUUAAUAUGGACACUUCCCUUGACGAUGCUGGAACCAAAGGGAAAUCACAUAGGAGCUGCUGUCUUCAGUUUCAAAACCUCCUUGAUUAUAUCACUGAGGAAAGGCUAACCACCAAAAGCCCCGAAAUGGAAUUAAUCAGUAUUUCGCCUCACGCAGCGCAUGGCAGUGAUGCCGACAGACUCAAGGCAAAGGAGAAGGCUAUGCAGAGGAAACAAGAACGUCAGAUGGCCAGGCAUUUCACAAUAAUACCAGAGCAGAGCCCCGUGGGAACUGAGGAAGAUACAAAGCAUUUGAAGACAAUUUCUUAUCAGCUUUCUGGAGAUUACCUACAGAAUGUGCGCACUGAAGAAGUUGAUCUUCAGAUCACUAACAUCUCCAUCACUUGCUGUGAUUCCUGGAAAAUAUGUGGGAAGGUCAUGGGGAAUGAGCUCCUGGAGAAGGAUUACAAGCACGGAAGCAAGUUUCUCACUUCCUUUCCUGAUGGGACGAUACAAAUAUUCUAUCCGUCUGGAAACCUAGCCAUUAUCCGAGUACCCAACAAGACAGAUGGGUUUAUUUGUAUAAUCCAAGAAGACACAGCCACCAGCCCUGCUAUCCUGGCACUGUUUGACUCCUCCGGCAGAAGCUCCUGCUAUCACCCCAAUGGAAAUGUCUGGGUAUACAUCAACAUCUUGGGCGGCCAAUACUCAGAUCAAGCCGGCAACAGGAUACGAACUUGGAACUGGUCGAGUACCAAGCCUACCCCAGCCUUUGUCUCCUUUAAACCUGUCCUUCUGGCCCUGAACCGUUACAUUGGAAUCCGCAUCCUAGAACAAGACAAGGUCUCCAUUCAUUUUCUAGCAAUGGGCCAACAGGCAACAAUCUGCCUUGGGACCAAAGUAGUGCUCCAGGAUCCAGAGGAGGUUCCAACCCUGAGGUUCCUGAGUGGAGACGACCUUCUGCUGUUGGCCAGCUUAAUAAAGAUCCGGCGGCUGUUCAGUAAGAUGGAAGGAUGUGUGAAUUUCCCUGUAAGUAAGGCUUGGGAAAGACUGAAGCAACCUUCCUACCUUUCUUCACUCUCCCUAAAACUGCUUGCCCUCUGUCAAAAUUCUGGCAUACAGCAAAACAUAAUGGAAACUAUUACAGAGCUAAUAAAAGAAAACGAGUGAAGAAGUG